CAUUUAAUAUAUAUAAAAAUUUACUUAAAAUUAUGUGAAUUUACACAAAUAAUUUAAAAUAAGUAAAUCAUUUUUAUAUCUCUAUUUUACCGCGGAGGGAUACAACGUAUCGUCGUCCAGUCUUGCAAUUUGGUUUGGUGUAGAGAACAAUGAGUUCUUUAAGACUUCAGAAGCGGUUGGCUGCUGCCGUGUUGAAGUGUGGACGUAAUAAGGUCUGGUUAGAUCCCAAUGAGACUAACGAAAUUACAAAUGCUAACUCGAGACAGAAUAUUCGAAAGCUAAUCAAGGAUGGUCUGAUAAUCCGUAAACCUGUGGCUGUUCACUCCCGUGCCAGAGUCAGGAAAAAUACCGAAGCCAGGAGGAAGGGAAGACACUGUGGACCUGGAAAGAGGAAAGGUACCGCCAACGCUCGUAUGCCGAAGAAGGUGAUAUGGAUCCGGAGAAUGAGAGUUUUACGUCGUCUGUUGAAGAAAUACAGAGAUGCAAAGAAAAUAGAUAGACAUUUAUAUCACGAUUUGUACAUGAAGGCCAAGGGUAAUGUUUUUAAGAACAAGAGAGUUUUGAUGGAAUUUAUCCACAAAAAGAAGGCGGAGAAUUCACGUCUCAAAAUGCUUGGCGACCAGGCUGAAGCAAGAAGGCAGAAGGUUCGUGAAGCCAGACGUAGACGCGAGGAGAGACUUCAGCAAAAGAAGGCAGAACGUCUGCAAUCUUAUGAAAAAGAAGAAGAGGCUACAAAGAAAUAAUGAUUCUUUGUAUACUGAAAAGUAAAUAAUAAAAUUUGUAAUAUGUCA